AUGUAAUAGAAAAUAAAUAAUAAGGAGUUGCAAUAUUAUUUAGCCUAAUUGGAUCUUGAUUUAUGUAUCAUACCCUUCAUUUAAGAUCCUAAUAUGAUUGAUAAAGCUCUUGAAUUUAUAAAUUAAAAAUUUAAUAACAUUUAGAUAAAAGAAUUCAAAGAGGCUUGA